UUCAGCAGAAAGCAAAUAAAGCUUACAUAACAUACACCCACAAUCCAUCAACAAUGGCGGAGGAGAACGUGUUUGGGAAGCCAAUUACGGAGGCAGAUAACACGGCGUCUGAGAAGCCGAUUACUGAGUCUGAGGAAGAUAAUGUGCUGGACGAAGCAGCCUUGGAGUUAACUUUGUCCGAAGCUAGGUCAGGAAGUAACUUGUUUGGGACGGUAAUUGACCAGGCUUUUGUGAUGGGAAUCCCGGAGUAUGCGAACAGAGCACGCUUGGACAGAUCAGUGGUGGCCAUGCAGUGGAAAGAUCGAGGUGGUAACUACACCGCCGCCGUGGACUACGUGAGGGAAGUGAAGAGGCGAUGGGGCAAUGGAGUCUCAACACUUUGCGUGCUUUACAAUGGAACCGGUGAACGUCUGACAUACCACACUGACAAUGAUUGGUGGGGGAACAUUUACUUGCCCUACCCACAAAUCAUCGAAAAUGGGCAGUGGGCCUGUUUUUUUCAUGUGAAAAGAACAGCGGCAGCUUCCGGCUCGAUGGGCGCCGUCGUUUAUCGUGGCAAAAACAAAGAGGGUGAAGACACAGACUGGUUGGUAGCUUGGGACAAUCCUUGGAAUACGCUUAGGUUUACCAACCAGGCUUAUGCGGAGAUCAACCAAGCUGGGCAUUAUGAUAGGAUUGAUUGGGAAGCACUUGGGAGAACCAUAUCAUCGGCUGGUCGGCAGCAUCGUGCGGCAUGGAGAGGAUGCGUUGCGCAAGUCCAAACCGAAAUAGACACUUCGCCUCUCUGGGAGGGAGUGCUGUCGCUAGAAUAAUCAUCCUGUUUAAGCAGGGAGGGCAGCCAAAUAAGGCAUUAGGUAGCUUAAUUGCCACUGAUCAUUAAAUAAUUGCCCUUCCCACCGAUCUGUUGUCAAUCAUCCUGUGUUCUGUUUUUGUUUUGUAAUGUUCACAAUCUUUAUGGCUUGCUUCCUGUGGGUGGUCUAUUAUGUGUCUUUUCAUUAAUAAAUGCAAAAUAUUAUAAAA